CACAGCAAGCCAGAAGUGAAAGUUAAUACGUGUUACAGGAAGUCGACAGGAAGCACGAAGUUUGGCGUGGAAGUGAAACCACUUGUUGAAAAGCACGUCGAUAACCCAGUGGAUGAGGGAGGAAGGUUUCUUAGCAGGAGUCCGGGGGUAUCAACCAUCUCGGGUUAUCAGUCCAUCCCCUGCUGAAGGACAUCUUGGUUGCUGCAGAUGGCUUCUGAGAUGAGGAAUUCUUUUCUCCUAAGUCUUAAGUGGAAGCUGAUUAUGUAAAUCAGAAUAAAGGCAGAGAUGUUCUCAUUGAAGGAGAAAUAGUUUCCUUCGACCCACACCCCUCCCAGGAUCCAGAAGCACCUAGGAUACUCUUGGCCUCGCCCGGUCUUGUCCUUGCUGUCGUGGGGGUGACUGGUUCUGUGAUGAGGUCCAACUGGUUCAUGACUGACAGACCUCGUCUCUGAUCCCUUUUGUCCAUCUUGUCUCCUGGCCUGCAUGUGAGUUCCACGUAUUUUAGUGAAGAAAACAAUUGAACAUGAUUUUCUUCUGAGGAUACAGAGUUGAAAAGCUAAUCACAGACGCACAGGUCUCGGAAAUAUUUAAAUGGACCUCCAAAAAUGCUAGGUUUACAAUGAGAAAUGUUAUAAUUAAAUGUUUACUCUGUGGAUCCUUUACAUUUGGCAUCUGGACAGCUGUCUUUACUAUAUAUUUUCGCAAUAAUCAUGUGGGGAACCAGGAGAAGAUACCCCUGAAGAAAGAAGAUCCAUUUAUUUGGUCCCUUGGAGAAAAAUUGCAAGAGCAAACCUUCCAAGGCUCAGAGCAAAUACCAAGACCACAUGUAAGCACUGGCAGUUCUAGUAAAGAUGAAAUUAAAGAACAGAAGCCAAUUUUGAAACUACGUGACGAUUUUAACUAUUUGGACCCAGAACUUUUUCAUGGAUUUUUAAAAUAUGGAUUAAAUUCCAUUAUCAGUAAAAGAUUGGGCAGCUACAGAGAUGUGCCAGAUACCAGGGAUAAACUGUGUCAUCGAAAACAGUACCCAGUCACCCUCCCCACUGCCAGCAUCAUCAUUUGCUUCCACAAUGAAGAAUUUAAUGCCUUGAUGCGGACAGUGUCCAGUGUUAUGAGCCUCACUCCACAUCAUAUCCUUGAAGAAAUUAUCCUGGUAGAUGACAUGAGUGAAUAUGAUGAUCUGAAGGAGAAACUAGACUACCACCUGGAAAUUUUUCGGGGAAAGAUUAAAAUAAUACGAAACAAAAAGAGAGAGGGACUGAUCCGAGCAAGGCUGGUUGGAGCGUCACAUGCUUCAGGGGACGUUCUGGUGUUCCUGGACAGCCACUGCGAGGUGAACAAAGUAUGGCUGGAGCCCUUGCUGCAUGCCAUUGACAAGGACCCCAAAAUGGUCGUGUGUCCUCUGAUCGAUGUCAUUGACGAUAUGACCCUGGAAUACAAGCCCUCUCCUGUUGUGAGGGGAGCUUUCAACUGGCACCUACAAUUUAAGUGGGACCUUAUUUUCUCUUACGAGCUGAAUGGACCAGAAGGACCUACUAGACCUAUCCGGUCACCAGCAAUGGUUGGAGGAAUUUUUGCUAUAAAUAGGCAUUAUUUUUAUGAACUUGGACAGUAUGACAAGGGCAUGAAUCUCUGGGGAGGAGAAAACAUGGAAAUUUCACUCCGGAUCUGGAUGUGUGGAGGCCAGCUCUUAAUAAUCCCCUGCUCUCGAGUAGGACAUGUGGUUAAGCAACACAUCACAAAUCAAACUGAAGUUGCAAAAGCCUUGGCAUUUAACAGCCUCAGAGUGGUGCACGUUUGGCUGGAUGACUACAAGGAGCAGUUUUUUUUACGAAGACCUGAUCUAAAAUCUCUUGACUAUGGAAACAUUAGUGAGCGUGUUGAAUUAAGGAAACGAUUGGGUUGCAAGUCAUUUCAGUGGUAUUUGGAUACUGUCUUCCCAGAGUUGGAGACAGCUGAGUAAAACUGACUAAAGGAAAACCAAUCGUCAUUAAUAAAGGGUUAAAAAGUCCCCUAGUCCUUCAAUAUAGAGAAGAGGACAAGUUUGGAACAUCGUGAAAUACAGUAAAAAAUACAACCAGAACGGGUCUACAACACAAGCGCCUGCCUUUUCUUUCCUCCUUUAAUGAGGACUCUGUUAUUCAUCUGCCACUAAAUUUCUAGGGUGGCAAGACCUUGACAUUAAUGCUGUCACACAGUUAAGAUUAUCAUGCAGUUGAUUGAGAUAAAGUGUGUUAUCUCCAAUUAUUUGCCAAACUCGCUUGGUCCUACUAACACAGCAGGACCCUGUGGGGUCCUCCCUGGUGCAAAUCCUUUCUGUGUCCCCUGUUUCUUGUUUAUAAGAAAUAGACUUCAUUCAACCUC